CCGAGAGGCGGACGGUCACCUGAUCGCUUUCCUGCUGGGGCUCGGGCGCUCGUCCUGAGCUCGGGAUUCUGACAUUGUCAGCAGCCGCCGUCUCCCAAGUGUCCGCGUCCCCUGUGGGUCGGCGGGAAGUGACCCCCACCCCCACCCCGGGCCGUGUAGCUGUCGGGGGUUUGAUGAAGACCAGAGAAGUAUGCUUUCCAUUGAACUGCACGCCAUCAUUUGUCAUAGAGAAUGUCCCUAACUGAGAAUAGAAUGUUUUUUGCAUAUGAAUCUUCAGUACACAGUGCCAAUAUUCUUUUGAGCCUCGAUGAUCAAAGGAAAAGAGAUCUUCUUUGUGAUGUCACUGUCCUAGUGGAAGAUCAACAAUUUCGUGCUCAUCGUUGUGUGCUUGCAGCAUGCAGCAGUUACUUUCUUUCAAGAAUUGUUGGCCAGUCAGACCCGGAUCUUAUCAUUACUCUCCCAAAAGAGGUGACAGUUAAAGGAUUUAAUCCUUUGAUUCAGUUUGCCUAUACAGCUAAGCUUACUUUAAAUAAAGACAAUGUGGAUGAAGUAUACAAAUGUGUUAAAUUUUUAGGAAUACACAACAUUAAAGAAUCCUGUUUUCAGUUCCUCAGACUUAAAUUUUUGAACUCCACAACAGACCAGCAAGAAUACCCAAUAAAGAAGUGCUUUACAUCACACUGUCAGAAAGCCAACAUUAAAAUUCCACUGUUGGAUCAUGGGGAUCUAGAAAUAAAUGAAGUAGAAGAACUGCUAGAAAAUGAACAUGCUCAGACUCCUCACUUUAAACUCCAUACGUGUAAAGAAAAUGUGAACACACCACCUUCUCUCCAAGAUAGUGCCAAUCAGACAUCUGAAUCGUGCUUAGAAAAGGAGGAUGUUCUUGGUUUGCCAUCUUUAGGCCCAAAGUACAGGAAAUUCCAAAAAGCUUUUGGAAUAGAUAGAGUUCGUAUUGUGGAACCCAGUGUUAAAGAUAUUCAGACAUCAACAUUUGUUUCUGUUCAGCCAAAUGAAGUAUCUGAAAAUGAAGACGUAGAAACCCAAGGUUGUACAGAUUUACCAAUGAUUUUAAAACAUGAAGACAGUCAAAUAGAAAUGGAUGAUGAGGAAGAAGCAAAGGAAAAAAACAAUUCAUGUCAGGAUUCUGUGGCAAAAACAGAGGUGACACAACUUCCUCCAGAUCCUCCUGUGGCGCCGCCUGGGUUUUAUUCUCUUUCUCUUUUGCACACAUAUGAACAAUAUGGUGAUUUGAAUCUCACAGGUAUGCAAAAUGUAACUAUGUUAACUGAAGACUCUUUGACUGGUACAGAUACAAAAGCAGAGAAAACAAUCACAGAAAAUCAAACUCUGCCUUUGAAAUCGGCUUCAGGCCACAGAGAUGAGAGGCCUGCGUCCGCAAAUGGUCGAAGCAGCGUUGAAAGGGAAGUGGCAGAGCACCUAGCGAAAGGUUUCUGGAGCGACUUUUGCAGUGCCGACGACACUGACUGUCAAGUUCAGCUCUCACCUGCCCUGGCAGCAAAAGAUUGUUCAGAGCGCGUGUUUUCACAAAAAAGAUCAGAGUGUCCCUGGCUAGGUAUCAGAAUCAGCGAGAGCCCUGAACAGUGUCAGAGAACUUUCACGACACUGAAUUCUGUCAGCUGUCCAUUUAUAAAUACUCUUAGCACUGAAGAAUGUACAAACAAUUUGGAAAUAGGAAGUGGCGAUUUUGUUCCAGAAUCACAGCAAGAGCCUUGCCCGUACGCAUGUGUGAUUAGCUUGGGAGAUGAUUCUGAAACAGAUACAGAAGGGGACAGUGAAUCUUACUCAGCCAGAGAACAAGAAUGUGAGGUUAAACUGCCAUUCAAUGCACAAAGAAUCAUUUCACUUUCUCGAAAUGAUUUUCAAUCCAUGCUGAAAAUGCAUAAGUUGACUCCAGAACAGCUGGAUUGUAUACAUGAUAUUCGAAGACGGAGUAAAAAUAGAAUUGCUGCACAGCGUUGUCGAAAAAGAAAACUUGACUGCAUACAGAAUCUUGAGUUAGAAAUUGAGAAGUUGCAAAAGGAGAAGGAGAGUUUAUUAAAGGAAAGAGACCAUAUUUUAUCAACACUGGGUGAAACAAAGCAGAACUUAACUGGACUUUGCCAGCAGGUGUGCAAAGAAGCGGCUUUAAGUCAUGAACAAAUCCAGAUACUUGCAAAGUAUUCUGCCUCAGAUUGCCCACUUACAUUGUUAGUUUCUGAAAAAGGAAAACUUACUCCUGACUCUGAACUUGUGCCACCAUCAUGUAUGGGUUUACCUCACGGGCUUCCAAAUAUUCCACUGGCCAGAGAACAAAGUUCUCCUUAUCCAUGUGUAAGAGAAGCAAAUGAUUCAAUUCAGGAACAACACCAAGAUUCAUGUCAGAACUCCCCACGAACUUCAUCGUUGCUCGUAGGACAGUGUUGUCAGAGUGGUGGCAUCACAGAUUUCUGUCCGAUCACUGGUAAAUGUACUGCUGAUGAUUAAAACUAUAUUUUAUUUCCUUCCUACCAUUUACUUUUAUAAUUAAGUUUUUUGUAUUAACAUGAAACUCUAAUAUAGGUUCCAUAUUUCUAAUAUAGGUUUCCAGUUUCUGUUGAGUUUGCUGUUAAGCAUGUUUCUGUUAAGUUGAUAGUAUCAUCCCCGUGACUCCCACUAGGAAACCAGAGAUAACUUCUGUUAGAAAGCAUUUUGAAUUGAAUGUAAUAAUUACAUUUGAGAAUAUGGCAGAUCUUUUAAAAAUUGUCUAAGAAGAUAGUGGUUUUAACUUGUUAAUGUUAAUACUGUCCUAUAUUUAAAGUAAAACUUAGAAUGAAAGUCUGGAACAGUUUGAGAAAGUCUGGCACCUUUUU